UGUCCCGCCCCCAGGCCGCGGCUCUUUCUGCGAGCGGGCGCGCGGGCGAGCGGUCGUGUGCCAGCCCGGUUCGGAUACGAUCGGUGGCGGCUGCGGACCUGCGGACGCCGCCGUCGGGAGGCGAGCCGGCAGCAGCAGUCGGCGCAGUGUCUGGAGCACCCCACGCGCGGCCAGCGGAGACCCAGGAAACGCGUGGCGGUGUUCGGCCUCGCGGCGGCCGCGGCCCAGCCGUUGACGGCGAGCAGGACUGCGCCUGCGCAGCAGGCACUGCGCCCCCUCCUCCCCCUCUGGGCGCCCCCGGCGGCGUGUGAAUGGCGGCCUCGGCGGCGGCGGCCUCCUCGGCGGCGGCCUCGGCCGCUGCGGGCAGCCCGGGCCCGGGCGAGACCUCGGCGGGCGGCGAAAAGCGCGCCGCCGCCUCUUCAGCCGCGGGCUCCGCCGCUGCCUCGGCCUCGGCGGCGUCGCCCGCGGCGGGCGGCGGCGAGGCGCUGGAGCUGCUGGAGCACUGCGGCGUGUGCCGGGAGCGUUUGCGGCCCGAGCGGGAGCCGCGGCUGUUGCCCUGUCUACACUCGGCCUGCAGCGCUUGCCUGGGGCCCGCGGCACCGGCCGCGGCCAACAGCGCGGGGGACGGCGGCGCGGCGGGCGACGGCGCCGUGGUGGACUGUCCCGUGUGCAAGCAGCAAUGCUUCUUGAAAGACAUCGUCGAGAACUACUUUAUGCGCGACAGCGGGGGCAAGGCCGCCUCCGACGCCCAGGAUGCCAACCAGUGCUGCACUAGCUGUGAGGAUAACGCUCCCGCUACCAGCUACUGCGUGGAGUGCUCCGAGCCGCUGUGCGAGACGUGUGUGGAGGCGCACCAGCGGGUGAAGUACACCAAGGACCACACCGUGCGCUCCACCGGGCCAGCCAAGUCUCGGGAUGGUGAACGUACUGUCUAUUGCAAUGUGCACAAGCAUGAACCCCUUGUGCUGUUCUGUGAGAGCUGUGAUACCCUCACCUGUCGGGACUGCCAGCUCAAUGCCCAUAAGGACCACCAGUAUCAGUUCCUGGAGGAUGCAGUGAGGAACCAGCGUAAGCUGCUAGCUUCACUGGUGAAGCGCCUUGGGGACAAACAUGCUACACUGCAGAAGAGUACCAAGGAGGUUCGCAGCUCGAUUCGCCAGGUGUCUGAUGUGCAGAAGCGUGUGCAGGUUGAUGUCAAGAUGGCCAUCCUGCAGAUCAUGAAGGAGUUGAACAAGCGAGGUCGUGUGCUGGUCAACGAUGCCCAGAAGGUGACUGAGGGGCAGCAGGAACGCCUGGAGCGGCAGCACUGGACCAUGACCAAGAUCCAGAAGCAUCAGGAGCACAUCCUGCGGUUUGCCUCUUGGGCUCUGGAAAGUGACAACAGCACUGCCCUACUGCUUUCCAAGAAGCUGAUCUAUUUCCAGCUGCAUCGAGCCCUUAAAAUGAUUGUGGAUCCUGUGGAGCCACACGGUGAGAUGAAGUUUCAGUGGGACCUCAAUGCCUGGACCAAGAGUGCUGAAGCCUUUGGCAAGAUUGUGGCUGAGCGUCCUGGUACCAACUCCACAGGUCCUCCACCCAUGGCUCCACCACGAGCCCCCGGACCCCUGAGUAAGCAAGGCUCUGGCAGCAGCCAGCCUACGGAGGUACAGGAAGGCUAUGGUUUUGGGUCAGAUGAUCCCUACUCAAGUGCAGAGCCUCAUGUAUCAGGCAUGAAGCGGUCGUCCCGCACAGCUGAGGGUGAGGUGAGUGGCCUCAUGCGCAAGGUGCCCCGGGUGAGCCUUGAACGCCUAGACCUGGACCUUACAGCUGAUAGCCAGCCACCAGUCUUCAAAGUCUUUCCCGGCAGCACCACUGAGGACUACAACCUCAUUGUCAUUGAGAGAGGUGCUGCAGCAGCUGGUCAGUCAGGGGCUGUGCCCCCAGGGGCUCCUGGUGCCUCUCCCCUGCCUGCCAUGGCCAUUGUUAAGGAGGAGGAGACAGAGGCUGCCAUUGGAGCCCCACCCACUGCCACUGAGGGUCCUGAGACCAAGCCUGUGCUCAUGGCUCUGACGGAGGGCCCUGGCCCCGAGGGCCCCCGCUUGGCCUCCCCGAGUGGCAGUACUAGCUCUGGCCUAGAGGUGGUGGCUCCUGAGGGCCCUUCAGCCCCCGCUGGUGGCCCAGGUGCCCUCGAUGACAGCGCCACCAUCUGCCGUGUCUGCCAGAAGCCAGGAGACUUGGUCAUGUGUAACCAGUGCGAGUUUUGUUUCCACCUUGACUGCCAUCUCCCUGCCCUACAGGAUGUGCCAGGGGAGGAGUGGAGCUGCUCACUCUGCCAUGUGCUUCCUGACCUGAAGGAGGAGGAUGGCAGCCUUAGCUUGGAUGGUGGGGACAGCACUGGUGUAGUGGCCAAGCUCUCACCAGCCAACCAGCGGAAAUGUGAACGUGUCCUGCUGGCGCUGUUCUGCCAUGAGCCCUGCCGCCCUCUACACCAGCUGGUUACUGAUUCUACCUUCUCCCUGGAGCAGCCUGGUGGUACCCUGGACCUAACCCUGAUCCGUGCCCGCCUCCAAGAGAAGCUGUCACCCCCUUACAGUUCUCCACAGGAGUUUGCCCAGGAUGUGGGCCGCAUGUUCAAGCAGUUCAACAAGUUGACUGAGGACAAGGCGGAUGUGCAGUCCAUCAUCGGCCUACAGCGUUUUUUCGAGACACGCAUGAAUGAUGCCUUCGGUGACACCAAGUUCUCUGCUGUGUUGGUGGAGCCCCCACCGCUGAGUCUGCCCAGUGCUAACCUAAGUUCCCAGGAGCUGUCUGGUGGCCCUGGUGAGGGCCCCUGAAGCCAGAUUGGCUCUGGUCUCUUCUGUCACCCCACGUUUGUCCUCCCCCCACCCCCAGGUGACCUGAUCUCCUCCCUGGUGUCCUCUUCCCUCAGUCUCACAAAAUGGUUUUUACUUCUGUGGAUUUAAUAAAAAUUUCACCAGUUGCUCAGGCCUCUCCUGGUUGUGGGCUGUGGUCCUGAGACCUGGUCUCUGCA